AACAUCUUGAGAAGAAAAAAAACGUGUGGUCCUCCGCCAAAGGUUUCCCAUUAGUCCACUCUUAGAAUCACACGAGUAUUUUCAAACGAUGACAUCAUAACAUUUAUUUCCAGCAUUGCUAAAUUAUUCUCAGUAGAUGCAGGCAAUUAUUGCAUUAAUUAAAAUCAAUACCGUUUGACAUUACUAAGACUUCAUUUGUUUUACGACGCCUUGCGAAGAGCCACGGGACUAUGCCUUGAGUGUAUCGUCGGGUAAAAAAACUGCAGGAAAUCACUCUACCGACACAUGGUUUACGUCCGCGCAGCAGUGUGCCAUGGCUUUUGGAGACUGCCGUUUCUUCCCAGCGAAAAAAUAGCCGGAGAAGUAUCACAACAGAAUAAACGUGAAGAAUAAUACCAGGUCCGAGAGAAAGAAAGCGAAAAAUAAGCGGCAGUCGAAGCGGCACAAAGGAGAACGGAGUGUCGUUAGGGAGUGAUAGGAGAUGAGAGAGACAAGCAGUGGCCUAGAUGUGAGAAUCGCCAAGAGUUGCUCUUUCUGGUUCACUGGAUGAUAAUCCGAACGAGGCUGCUCCAGCACCGGGAUGGACUAGAGGAAAUAUGGUGGUAAUUUCCGUGGUUUGUUGAAGACUUAGGCACAUUGAACAGUUACUUUUUCAUGUAUACUUUUUUAUUCUGUCUUGUUCUUAUGUACUGUGUGUGUGCGUUGGAAAAAAUGGGUCAAUCAUUUGCAAGCGACCAUGUAGCGCACAACUGUACACUCUACUGCGCGAAACGUCUCUUCGGGACAAACAUGGUAUGAAAAUGCAGUGAGUCUGUCUCAUUUACACACAUACUCUGAAUAUAGGAGUUCACGCCGCUACCUUUGGUCCUCCUGAGUGAUUGCGAUGGAAGUGGAAUGUGACAGCGGCAGAGGUAUAUCAAGGAGCGCUCAUGAGAAAUGCCCGCGGGCGGUGGAGCGCAACGGCUAUGUGAAAACAUGUGUCACCACUCUGUAUCAGGACGCGGACUGUCAGUCGUGGUUGAGACUCGAUGAGAUAUGGAGUUCCAGGAGACUUUCGUCCGCGGUGUGUGUGGGCUCUGUCUCGGUUUUGCUGGCGGUGCUAGUUAGAUUGGUUGACUGGGACGUGGAGCAGCAGAGUAACAGCGGAAGAAACAUCGAGAAUCACGGCGAGCCUGGAUCUCUACUUCAUUUCGUGGCGAGCAGUGUGGUGGAACUAUUGUUGUCCGUUUGGUACUUGGUGUCCCCCGUCUUCACUCUCGUAUGUGCCUUCUUCUGGGUCGGCCUCUACCUGAUCCGCUGCGGGGUGCUGAUCCGAACUGCCCUGUUUUUGUUGGCGGUGUGUCACUUGGGCGAAGCCGCGGCGCAGUCGUUAUUGCAAGGCGCAGAUGACCAGCUGCUGUCGUUCACUGCCACCGUUGUGGUUCUGUCCUGUUUGGCCGGCGGAGCGCUAAUGGUGGUCGGAUUAGGACAAGGGGUAUCCGUCAUUAUAUUCAUCAGCAUCAUCCGAACUGUGUCCCUGAUCUCUCUUAACAAGGUCCGGGCUAGUUGGAGACCCUACCUUGCGUACCUGGUUGGAGUGCUAGGGGUCCUGCUUGCGAGGUUUGCUGACCAGCUUCUGUCGGGCUCAGGGGCACACGGGGCGGGUUGCCGCGCCGUGACAGCGGGGAAAGGAGAGGACACCAUACCGGUGUUUAAAAGACUACGGAGGUCCAGUUCCGUGGCCUCUUCAGACAUGGCGCACAGUCAUUGCAACAGCAAGUCCCACCGCCGGACCUCGUUACCAUGCAUUCCACGGGAACAGUCGUCGGGCACCAGUGUAAUAGUGGACAUAGCAGUGAUGGGGGAGGCCCAUGGACUGAUUUCAGACCUGCUGGCGGACCCCUCGCUGCCCCCCAACACCUGCAGUUCCCUGAGAGCCGUCAGCAACCUGCUCAGUACCCAGAUCACCCUGCAGCCACUGCACCGGCCACGGAUUGGCCCUCUGCAGGCCCUCGGUGACACACACACCUGCUCCGACUCCGAGGACGGGCCUGAGAAGGAGAGACUGGCCAUCCCAAAGCGUCUGAGACGGAGCCUGCCCCCCGGCCUGUUGAGAAGGAUCUCCUCUUCAUGGACAACCACCACAUCAGCCACAGGUCUGCCUACCAUAGAACCAGGACCUGUACGAAGGGACCGCUCUGCCAGUGUCAAAACCCUCCACGAUAGCCCACCGUGCAGCGUAGUGAACAGUGAGUCAUGGAACAACACUGUCAUGCUGACCAUCUCCAAAAGUCGCUCCAUGUCCGCCUCCUAUGCCGUUUCAGCCACCUCCAACCACCUACACAACAGACGAAUGACCAGACCAGGUUACACCCCUUCCAACAUAUCACCUCUGGCCUCUCCCUGCCACUCCCCUCCAGUUCAGGGUACCCCAUUGUCCAGCCCCACCACCAAAUCCUGCUCCGUGGACCUGUUGGAUCCUGUGGACAGUCAGGGAGAGAAGGCCCGGUCCCUGCACAGGGCCUUGACACAUAGCAUCAGUGCACCCAGCUCCACCACACCGCACUGGGGGCCACCAGCACUCUGUAGCAGUUGUGGGAGACCAUACAGUAAGCUGAGCCGUGGAGAAGGUUCCUUGGACAAUGGGGACAGAAUACCUGAUGACCCAACUGUGGCGUCGUCAGACUACGAGAGCACCUACGAGACCAACCACAGUGACAGCAGUGACUUUGCCCACAACGAGGACGAUGGGGAGGGGUGCCAGAAGCCCUCGGAAACCCAGGACGGGUGCAGGUCAUUCCAACCUGAAGGAAUUGUCCUGCACCCUCUUCUGCCACCUCCAGAGGACACGCAGCCAAUGUUGGCCCCAGAGCCUCUGGUGAUGUUAGAGCUGGAUCCUCUGAUGUCUCAACUAAACAGCUGGAACUUCCCCAUCUUCAACCUAGUGGAGAAAACCCAUGGUCGGACAGGAUGCAUCUUAAGCCAGGUUUCCUACCGCCUGUUUGAGGACACAGGACUGUUUGAGACAUUCAAGAUUCCUGUCAGAGAGUUCAUGAACUACUUCUAUGCUCUGGAGAAUGGAUACCGGGACAUCCCAUACCACAACAGGAUCCAUGCCACUGACGUGUUGCACGCUGUGUGGUACCUCACUACCCAGCCUGUGCCAGGCCUGCCCAACCUUACAGACCGCGGAUCAGACUAUGACUCUGACAGUGGGCUCCUCACCCCCAGCCAUCCUAGCCAAGCAAGUCACACAGGGUUUCUGGUUUCGAAAAUGUCUGGAGUUGUGGAGGAGGGCUACGGCAGUCUGUCUGGCCUCAUCCCGGCCCUGGAGCUCAUGGCUCUCUAUGUGGCAGCUGCCAUGCAUGACUAUGAUCACCCUGGUCGGACCAACGCUUUCCUGGUGGCCACCAGCGCUCCUCAGGCUGUGCUAUAUAACGACCGGUCAGUGUUGGAGAACCACCAUGCUGCAUCGGCCUGGAACCUGUUCAUGUCACAGCCAGAGUACAACUUCUUGUGCAACCUGGAUCACGUUGAGUUCAAGCGCUUUCGUUUCCUGGUCAUCGAGGCCAUCCUUGCAACUGACCUCAAAAAACACUUUGACUUCCUUGCAGAGUUUAACGCUAAGGUGGGCGAUGACGGCUGCUCUGGCAUCGACUGGUCCAAUGAGAAUGAUCGAUUACUAGUGUGUCAGAUGUGCAUAAAAUUGGCCGACAUCAAUGGCCCCCUGAAAAACAAGGACCUACAUUUACAGUGGACAGAGGGUAUCGUCAAUGAGUUCUACGAACAGGGUGAUGAGGAGUUGAGUCUGGGCCUCCCCAUCAGCCCCUUCAUGGACCGCUCUGCGCCACAGCUCGCCAAACUCCAGGAGUCCUUCAUCACGCACAUUGUGGGUCCGCUUUGUUCGUCCUACGACUCUGCAGCCCUUAUGCCUGGGAAUUGGGUCGACCCAGAGGAUGCCCGGAGGAAGGAGGAAGACGAGGAGGAAGUGGAGGAACAAGAGACAGAGGAGGAAGACGAGGAUACUGCAGAGGAAGAUUCUUCAACUAGCUCGGAGAGUUCCCAGAAGCAUGUGGUGAAGCCUAAGAAGUGCAGGAGGAGAGUCUUCUGUCCCAUUACCCAGCAUCUGCUGGACAACCAUGAGAUGUGGAAAAGAGUCAUCGCUUCGGAAAACCUGGAGACGCUCGACAGGGAAGAGCCUGACUGCCUCAGCAACCCCGCUGAGCCGAUUGCGUCCAUCCACGAGGAGGAAGAGCCAGCCAGCAAGGAGGAGCCAAUAGAUGGCCAGGGAGAACAGAUGGAAGGGGAGGAGGCGGGGCUUGCGGAGGAAGUGGGCAAACAGUUGCAGACUGCUGAGGAAAGGGAGGAGCCAGAGUGAACUUUGAAGAUCAGGAAACUGAACACUAAUCUAAACUAGACUUCGGGGUCAUGUCUGAAAUGAUAUCCUAUUCUCUCUCUAGAGCAUUAUCUCCAAAAGUUGUGCACUAUACAGAGAUUAGGGUGUUUUCUAAAACACAACCCUGAUUGGUUGCCAGCACAUCACUUAGACAGAACACUGUAGAGGGUUGGGGUAACAUGUGCCUAAAAUAAAAAAAAAUAGGGUGAAAGGGAUUACAACCAAUGCCAGCGUAAGAGCGUAACUGAGGAUGAGGUGGGGUUGGGAUUUAGGAUUUUACAUAGGUAUUAUAUUGGAUCAGGUUUCCACUUUACACAAACCCCUCUCCCCAACGAGGUGCCCACACCGCAAUACAUAUAACACACUGCCAGCUUUGAGACACAGCCGGCAUCCAACUGUUACGCCCUCAUGGGACCAGGGUGAGGUGCAGCACACUCUUUACCAGUCAGUGCAGACAAUGAAAUGGAAGGAAAAUGCUGUGUCAACUGAGUGCUGGUCCUGUAGGAGUGAGGAGAAGACUGAGGACUGGGAAGGAGGACUCAACUGUUUGUAAAGGGUGUGCUCAAACGCACGGACACACACACACACACACACACGCCAACCUCUCAGAAGCAUAGCUAGCUAGCUCGGGAAGAGAGAGUAGGAAGUCUAACAAAGAACUGUGGCUUUGAAAAAGCUUUAUACUUACUCAAGGAAAAAACAACAUACGACACGCAGUAUUUCUGUACAUUUUUCACCUCAUCGUUUCAAAUACACCAACUUCUCUCCCUCUCUCUUUCUUUUUUUCCUUCUUUCACACACUUUAGUUUUUUUCCAUCAUUACUUUUCCACCCACUCCCACGCAGUUCCACAGCAUUUAGGAACACAGACAUUGAAAACAUAGAUCCAUCCACAUAGGGCCAUUCAACCAACACCAAGUGAUUCUUUCAUUGAUUUUCUCAUCGGUUGUGUGACUCUCUUAUCUUUAACAUUGACCAAAACAGAAUUUCCUUCUUAGUGGGAGGUUUUGUGUUGUAAAUAUGGUGUGGGACGUUUGUUACACUUCUUAUUUCAUGUACACUGCAUCUUGGUUUUCUGCACGGGAAUCUCAUUGAUUCUGAGUCACCUAGUUUCUUAUAGAAGUGUUUUAUUUUUAUUCAUAAAUCCAAUUACAUAUUCUAAUGUAAGAUGCUUUAAAAGUGCAACAUUGUUCUCCCUUUAAUGCCUUGACCAAGGUGAUGAACAUGUACCUGUAGUGCCAGGAACAUUCACAUUUACAUUAAUCUGUUUGAUAAUGAUAUUGAAAAAACUUUAGAAAAAAUUGCAAUUUCUGGCAAACUCCUUAAUAGAACUCUUUGAUAUAAUCUUGGUUGGAAGUAUUGGAACCCUUUCACUUUAUUUAAAUAAUGCACCAUUUAUUCAAGAAAACUGUUGAUGUAUGAAACUAUUAUGGUAUCCGUUAUGUAUUUCUUUGGUUUGCAGUUAAAAACAAAAAGAUAUACAAAGAAAGCUAAUUCCAUGUAGAAAUGUUAAAAUGGCAAAGACGAUAUCAUUGGCGUCUCCUAGAAGUAGUUUGAAAUAAUUAGAUUUCAUUCAGUCAGUUCUCCUUUACAUUGGAACUGAUCUAGCCUUAACCCUGUGGUGAGUUGAAAGUCACUCGUUCAGUUUUAUAGAGAAAGGAACUAGAGAGAAUUGUCAAAGUCAAGAUCGAAACAUCUCCAGACAUCUCCAGAAAACUUGAUGCUCCUGUCUCCACCAUAUUUAAUCUUAUCACAAAUGUAUAUAAAAUAAAACCUGUGCAAGGAUUGUUUAAAUGGUGGAGAAAGCACCUCAAUCGACUGCAACACAGAUUCAUGCUGACCUUUAGACAAUAGGUACAAUUCGCAUCAUCCAUCGCCAAAUCAGUGAAAUGGAGUUAUAUGGUAAGAGACCCACUGCUGAGAGGGACAUGAGAAAACCUGACUGCAAUUUGCAAAAAGGACCUGAACAUGCAACAAUACAUCUGGGACAAUCUCCUUUGGACAGAAAAUACCAAAUUUGAGCUUUUUGUGAAAGCACAUAAUCUCGGUUUACAGAAAACAAAACAAAGCCUUCAAAGAUAAGAACACCUUCCCUACAGUCAAACAUGGAGUAGGUUCAUUGAUGUUUUGGAGUUGCUUUGCUGCCUCUGGUACUGGGCGCCUUGUACUUGUGAAUGGCAUCAUGAUAUCAGGAGAAUACCAAGGCAAUUUGGAGCACAAUGUCAAGCCGAUUUGAUCAAGUGCCACCAGUAAAUGGGUCUAGGGUCUCAAUAAUUGUAUCAAUGCCGUUUCGGUUUACUUUCUGAUUUAAAAGAAUAUAUUAGGUUCUGAAUUUAAAACAAAGGUUCUGUAGUAUUGAGUGCAAAUUAGUUACUUGCAGUAUUUGAGACCAUGUGAGUUACUUGAAGAAAGUGAAGAAAAUGCAUGGGAAUCAAUACUUUUGGCCACAAUUGUACAAUGAUUGAUCUCCUGUAGGCAAAUUGCGCAGUUUGUUGAGAAAUGAAUUACUCACUGAUGUCUCGUCUAUCUGUCCUCUCUCACAGUUUGAUCUUCUCAACCGCCCAGUACCCUCACUGGGAAUUCAGUGACCAGAGUGAAAUUCACUAAGCCACAGAUUACCUUUCAGUGUCUUCAGUAAGCCUUAUUCCCUGUAGUUUGCUUUCUCACCAAGUUCUUUCCAAGAGCCAGGGUUAGAGUUGUAUUCUGGCAUUUAUUAUUGAUUUCUACAGAUAUGCUCUGAGAAUUUUUUUUAUUUCACUGUCAGGCUAAGAAAAGUUUAAAUGUUACUGCCCUGGGGCUUCAGUAGUAUUCAGCUAGUCAUGUGAUCAAAGAAAGUGCAUUGCUGAGUGUUGCAUGGCUGGUGAGCCUUGGGGAAGAUGUGGCGUGGAGGAAACUGGAGGUUUAUCCAAGACAACAAGGCUUCAGUAUCCUCCACAUAACAUCACAGAGAGCGUGCCAUGGUGCCACGCCUUCUGAUUGCCUGUUUCACAUGCAGUAGGUUCGCUGACAAUGUUCUGAGGAAUGCCACCAUUCUGAUCGUUGCAGCAUUCAAAAUGUAGGCGUAAGCGAUUUAACCAAGGAAACUGAUGAGAUCAGCGGUCAUCCGUCUUCUAGCCCAGGGUUACUUUCAUGCCAUGACUAAGCAGAGGAGUGUGGAGUGUGGCUCAAAUGAAUCCUACUCCCCACAUGGUGCACUACUUUGACCCCUGGUUCAAAAGGUAUAGAAAGCAGGCCAUCCAGGCAACAUGCCAGUCAGAACAUUGAUCCAUCCUAUGCUCCACAUCCUCAUUUGAUCAAGGUAACCCACACAUACAAGUUGGUCAGUUUAUAAUGAAAUUUUUUUUCCUCUCUCAUUACAUAUCCCAACUCUGAGAGUGGGGUCAAAGCCAGGGAUGGUGAAUCUGGGAGCAAUUUCAGGUUUAAAUGCCUUGAAGACAGGUCAACAGCUUAUUUUUUCUAUUCAUAUUUUUUCUGCUUGGGGAGUUGAACUCAAACUCUUUUGGUUACUGCCCUAACACUCUAACCUCUGGACUACCUGACACUCUCUUUGAUGUGAAAGGACAGUGUGUGAAAUUGGUGGUGAUGAGAGAAGAACGGAGGGAGGGUUGGAAGGAACUGAUGACAGACAGCGAAGCAGAUGAGAGGGAAGGGCAGAGAAGAAGAAAGAGAAUGAGAGGGAAAGGAAUAUCAAGGGGUGUAUAAAGUUGUGUUCAAGGGUUUCUGAGGUUGGUCAGUAGGUCUCUUUUCUGUUCACUGAAGGUCCCUGAGAGAAUGUCUCCAUCUGUCUGUCUGAAUCUUCUCUGAGAUUCUAAUCGUGACUGUUUCAUUUUAGCCAUUAUUAUUAUCAGGAAAAAGGAUUUGUAGUCAUGACAGGUUUAAAGCAAUACUGACAUAUUCUAAGUUUGGAGUGCUAAAGUUGGUCUUCCAGGGAAACAUCAUGUUGUGUAAUGUUGUGAAUCUCAAGUUUAAGCAGCACAUUUCUUGAAUUUCAUCCAAAGCAUGCACAGCUUUUCCUCAGACACCAACCUCUUUGUUGUGUGAUAUAUUAAUGGUCAUUAUCUAACAUUGGCUGUGUGUGUUGUAGCUGACAUUAUAGGAAUAUCUUGUGAUGUGCUUGUGGCUAGGCAGUUGAAUGAAUUGUUGUAAUAGUUAUUGGCCCAUUUUUACUGAUAGAGAUAUUAGACAUUGCAAGUAGACAACAUACAUCUUCUGAAUCCUUCUCUCAACCUGAAUAACGCCUUUUACCGUUUCAGUGUGUGGGAAAAUGGAAUGUAACAGUCCAUUGGAGUGUGCAAAAUCAGUACUAAUAGUUUAUGAUGAUGUGUUUGUGUGUUUUCUGUAAGCGUUCUAGUUCGCGUGUGGUUGUGCACCCAUGUUUGAUUUAUGGCAGCAUUUAUUCAAGGGGUAUUGUUCCAUGUAAUCUGUUGGCCAACCUUAUUAAGCUUAUGCACACAUCAUAUAUGUCAUAUUACAGCUCCAUAUUGCGCUCCCUAAUAUGUACGAAAAGUCUCGAAUUCCUCAAUGUGAUCAGACUUGCACUGUAACUGUUCUUGGUAACCUCCUUGUCCAGAGUCGAACCAGAGACAAAACCAUUCAGUCCUUUCCCCAACGGUAAUUUUGGACCACUUUUGGAGUAGUGUUCUUAGUUAGCCGGGCUUGUUAAAUCUUGACCAACCUCUAUUCUUAGUCACAGGGUUUUACACAGAUUCCUAGAAACAUCCAUUUCCUUGCCACUUGGGUUCUACACAAGUCUCUACCGGAGGUCAAACUGGGGGAAUGGUGAAAUAAGUGAAUCCAGAACUGUAUGCUGUUCCAUCGGCCUAUGGACAAAUGGAUUGCCCAGUGAGGGGAAAUAAGAUCAGGGCCAUUUUCAGAUACUGGGUCAUUAAUCGAUAAUUCAUCCUCUAAUGAAAAGACAAAAGCAGGAAAAGGUUCCUUUGCCACCCUCCUUUCCCUUGGCUCCAUGGUUGCACACUGGUUUCUUUUUGUAUGGUGUUAACACGAUGGAUUUGAUCCUCGACAACAGCACUGUGCAUUUCUGACACACCAUCCACAGAUGGAUGGCAGGGGGCUGCCGAAAGACAGGAGGAAGGCACGACAUCAGACUGAACGACAUUGCAUGUCAAAGUGGGUAAUUGGUUUGCCUUCAAGUGACUCUCACUGUGUCUCAAAUUACGUCCUGUCUGUGUGUCUGGGUGGGGGUGUGUCAGCUUGACAGCAGGAGCUGACAGUACUCUGAGUGCCUAAAGAGAAAAACCUUCAAAAUGUUUGACCUCCAGAACAUUUCUUCCUUCUUCCUGUCUUUUAUAUUUGUGUCCUGUAUUUUCUCAUUUGAUCUCUCUUGUAUGAGGGUGUUUAUUUUAAACACAUCCAUGAUACAUUGAUGUUUCUGUUUUGAUAUUUGGGAAUUCUUGUUUUGUUGUUUGUUCCAAAGUCUGUGUAUGAUCCUAACAUGCAAAGGUCAGAUAUGUUGCUGGAGUUGCCGUCAUAUGUGUGGGAGAUUCACAGUUCUUCAUGUGACCGCCAAUCAGAUGCAAGAGGCAGGCACGCAUUCACAAUACAGACACCAUUCCACUGUAGACUGCCUUGUGCAAUCUCAGUCAUGUGCAGUUGUCUAGGGGAUCUCAUUUGAACAAAACUCCUAAGUUUGUCUUGUACAUCCUCUUCAGAACAGUACCAUACAACCUUGAAUAACAUCUUGGCAUUUCGUAACUGACACAACUGAUUAUUGAUCACACGCUAUUGUUAACAUAUUUCUUUCGAGGACUACUACUCUUCCCGUAAUUCCUCUCUAUAAAUUGGCAGCAGCAACUCAGUUGAAAGCAAAUGUGGGCAAUUUGGCAUUGAAUGCUUUAAGCUUCUGUUGUUCAAACAGCAACAGACACUGAAAGCCACAUUUCUUACUUACUCUUGCUUAUUCGUCUUGUGCUUUAUUGUUCAACCCUGUCCUGUGUUGCUUUUUCGGGUUAUAUCCAGGUUUAAUGUGCAGGCCUCUCUGUGCCAUUCCUUUCAUCAGCGUCUGAAAUCGCUCCCUUUCGACCAGGGCUCACAGGUCUCAGGUCAAAUUAGUGAACAAUGUAGGAAAUAGGGUGCCAUUUGGAAUGCAAACUUUCUCUCUCCUUUUGUUGGUUUGUGAUUACCAUAACCAUCAUCUGCUCACACACUAGCCACAAUGAGAAACAAACAAGCUUUACACCUUCUUAAACAAGACAUAGGAGACUUUUUUAUCCUUAUCUAUAGCUGGCACUUCAGAAACUUAAAAAUUAUUACUUUUUCCUUCUUUCUUGUAUCUUGCACUUAACACAUGUAGCAAUAGAUAUAGUAGCAGGGGAACAGGUGUGUGAUUUCACCAGUAUUUGUUAAGUGAAAUAUUUAAUUUUAUUGCUGGUUUAUUGUUCCAUUUUGUAAAAAAUAUAUGCUGUACAGAUAUACAAAAAAACUAUAAAAUUGACCACAAGUCUUUUAGAUAAACUUUAUUUAUUUUUACUGUUUUUUGUAAUUUAGACACUAUACUGUAGCUCCUAUAUGGCCAGAAUUGCUGGAAGUGCCUCUUAGUAUAAUGUAUUUCAAAAGUAAAUAUACAAUAUAUUGAGGUUAUUAGAAGUUGUCACUAGCUGAACAAUGUGGAUGUUGUAAUGUGGAUACUGAAUAACAUGAGUUAAAUGAUGUU